UUUUCGCAGCGCACCGAAAUCUUGACAUGGGACACUUCCAGCAGCCUUUUACAGAUUGAAAAUUGAACCAAGACAUAUCAUAUUUAGUCAAGUUGAUACGCAUUGUGUUUCGUUUGUUUCGUCAGCUAUUUCACUCCCAACCCUAUUUAGCAUUGCAUAACAUAUCCGCACAGCCAAAACAAAUCUCGAGCGCAUUUCAAUUUUUGAGCGUUCGAGUGGAGCGAUUCAAACCAAUAUGCAAAAUACACAGGCACAAAACAGACUCUACACAGAUCUAAAAUAGAUUCGAGCGACCUUGGUCUGCACAGUUUUGUGUUUAUGUUUCAAGAUCCGCCAUUUGCUCAUUUCUUCGAACGACGCAGUCACGCACGAUCCAUCUUGCAUGUCGCACGCCGUGGUACAAAAAUCGUCGUAUCCUCGAAAAUUUCAUCGCGAGAAAUAACCUCUCUUUAUUAAGACGACGCAAUGAGCGGCACGCCCCAAAAAAUCAUCAACCAGCCGGACUUAAUUACUUUUUACAGUAAAAUUGGUUCUGGUUCAUUUGCCACUGUCAAACGAGCUGUAAGCAAUUCCCUUCCUUUUCUCGCAAGUCAAAGUAGCGCCCCAUCUCUGAACGUGAACGUUGUGAAAUUGCAAGAAUGUGAAGAAGAAUUCGACGAAAAGAGAAGAGAAGCGAAAUUUGCGUUUCGAUCCACCGAUUUGGGCAGUUGGGCUUCUUUUUCUUCUUCCAGAGGAGGAAUCAACACUGAUACGGAUCCCACGACGAUCCAGCAUUGGGCCCUGGUCGUUCACUUCCCCAGAGGCAAGAAAACCUAUCUCUUUGAAGCUUGGAAAGACGAAAGCAACGGCCUUCUUCAACCUGGUCGCGCAGAGGGUGUCGACUAUGAAAUCUUCGAGAAAGCCAAGUAUUUCGGCACGAUCGAGACUUGUCCCAGUGAACUGUUGACGAAAGCCAAACAAGUUUCAACAAAGCAGCCAGGUUGGUCACGCUACGACGUUUUUUUUAAUAACUGUCAAUCAUGGCUGAGAGAAUUUUUAGAUCUUAUUUCUCCAAAAUUGUUGCAAGAGCUAUACAAAGAAGUUUCGGAGACUGAAACCUACUUGAGUUACCUCGCAGGAUAACUCGGGAGCUCUGGCGCUAACGCUGUUCCAGUUUCUCCUCCUCCUCCUCAAGUAGUUUCUCCUACAGUGAACGACGAAGGUUGGAAAAAGGAGCAAUAACAAAAAUGAGUUAGUUACAUGUUGAAGAACCCUAUCGACUGCCAUCUUCGGUCAUUACUAACAAUAAGCAUUUUAACCUCGCUAUUUAGUUUUUGUAUCACAAACGUUUUGUUAUCGCCUUGUUUUAAGACUGAAUUCAAUAAUCAACAGUGAAACCUUAUUUUCUCUUCAAGAAUUAGCUUGAUGAAUACAAAUUUUACAAUUAUUC